UCAACCCCUCUCUCGAAAAUGAUCAAGGGAAAGUGUUCAAGACACUGGUAUCUUUCCACUCCCAGUUCCAAUAAAUAUCUACCCAACCCAACACGAAUCCAAUACCCACAACAGCAGCCACCAGCGGAAUCCAAUCCCUCAAGCGAGACAAUACCCGGACUUCCGGGUCUACAGGGCAGAAACCGCCUAGUUGGGCGUGCAAAAGGCUAAGCACAGACUGGAAGGAAUUAAGGGGGGAAGAUACAGUCAACCCAAGAAUCAGGCACCUGGACUAGUGAUCGACACUCCUCAACCAUCUUACUGGAUACCCCGUCUGUCAAGAAUCAAUAGUCAAACAGCACUUCACGCCCCUAGUUACCCGCCGAGCGUGCCAAGUUGCUAACUAAAUAAACGCGGCGCAAGUCCCAAAAAACAUAUGUAUGAAUGCAUAACGGGACCGUCGUGUCGGAGCCAACACUAGUCUUAUUAGCGGUUUAGCCUAGCU